CCUCCUCUUCCAGGCAGCUCUCCAGACUCCGCAUCGUUACUCUCUCCUACAGCUAGCCUGUCACGGACAUUUGCAGACAGUUCAUUUGUUUACAUCGGCACAUUUUAAUUGAAAAAGCAGACCCAGCGAGCCGUUUUGACGGAAGCUGCGACCCUUUUUGAUGUAGUUAAAAAAAACAAGUCAACAACUUUUUGUAGCUUUGCGUUUGGCUGUUUGCGUUUUGUGUGUGGGGGGAAAGUCCUUAAGGUUAAUCUUUUGAAGUGUGAGGGGCCUCGAGGAGGUUUUCAUUAAGUUCGUGUUGUCGAAGCGGAACUUUGACAGCAUGAAUAUCUUUCGUCUGGCGGGUGACGUGUCCCAUUUGGUGGCUAUUAUCAUUUUGCUGCUGAAGAUAUGGAGGUCCAAAUCGUGCGCUGGCAUCUCUGGGAAGUCUCAGGUGCUGUUCGCACUUGUCUUCACCACCAGGUAUCUGGACCUGUUCACCGUCUACAUUUCUGCGUACAACACAGUCAUGAAGGUGGUGUUUUUGGCUCUGUCGUACGCCACCGUGUACCUGAUCUACAUGCGCUUCAGGAACACGUACAAUUCAGAGAACGACACGUUCCGUGUGGAGUUCUUGCUGGUGCCGGUCAUCGGGCUGUCCUUCCUGGAGAAUUAUUCUUUCACCCCACUGGAGGUCUUGUGGACCUUCUCCAUUUUCCUGGAGUCCGUUGCCAUCUUGCCGCAGCUCUUCAUGAUCACCAAGACGGGCGAGGCGGAGUCCAUCACCACCCACUACCUGUUCUUCCUCGGCCUCUACAGAGCUCUCUACAUCGCCAACUGGCUGUGGCGCUACCACACCGAGGGCUUCUUUGACCAGAUUGCCGUGGUGUCGGGAGUCGUACAGACCAUUUUCUACUGUGACUUCUUCUACCUUUACGUGACAAAAGUGCUUCGUGGGAGAGGGAAGAUGAGUCUGCCGAUGCCGGUUUAACCACCUGUUUGUGCCAGCCGCAGUUCCACAUCAGACUGUACCUCUGCCUGUACUCCAACAGUGGGACUAACAGUCUUGCAUCAUCUGUAGACCAAAAUAGAAUCCGUUUUCUGUUUAACUGGUCCUUUAAUGCGUGUGUGAUUUCUAACUCUGUAAACGGAGUGAUGUGUUUGAGUGUGUGGGUCUAUUUUCUGUCCAUGAGGGGUAAAUGUGACAGCAGAAUGAUGUGUGGAGUUUAGCUCGUAGCAGCACAGAAAAUGUUUUAUGUUUUCUUUUUUGUUUGUUUUAUUGUAUUGUUUUUUUUCCCCAGAGAUGCGCAGAGAGACAUCCGUUUAAAUUUAAUAUUUGAAUUUCAAAGCCACCAAAUGAUUGUUUCACUGUUUUCAGCACUCACGACUGUAGCUUUGACACCACCUUGUUUAUCCUGUUCAGUUUGUGCAAACCUGAUCAGUCUUCUUUAUUAUGGGCUCAACGUAUAAAUCCUUUGUGUGUGUAGUGGUAGUCACACUCCUGGUAGAUCUACAUCAUUAGUUUCUUUUGUUGCCAUGUGUGUUACUUUAUGGAUUUCUUCUUUGUCUUUUUGUAUUUCAGUGUUUUGUUUAUCUAGGACAAGAAGGGCUGAGUAUAUUUUCAUGUUCUAAA